AUGUCCAUUUCCAAACUGCAGACUCUCGCACGACAAGCUAGGAGGCUCAUUGAUGAAGGGGAUGGUGUCCUGCAAGAUGUUGUUCGAGCUUUGUCCACCGAGGGAGGUCUCAGACGCAUACGAGAGCUUGUUGAAAACGACUACAAUCACAUACCGGCUGCCGCCAAACCUAGUGUUUUCAGGGCUCAGAUGCUGCCAUUCCUGGAUAUUAUUACAAACCCGAACAUCCUAGAAUCAUUGGUUUUGGAGCAAGCAGUUGGAACGAUUUACAAUGUCCUCUACGGUAACUCUGGGAGACGAGGCGUUGUCCUUCUUGGGUUCCUUGCAGAUGUUUUUUCAGUCUCCAUGGGCGAGAAGCCGACAACUAAGACUCUCAAUCACUUCGAGUUAUCACUCCUCGUCUUUUGGCAGAUCAUCAGACUGAACUCUCUUGCCUUUGUCCAUGAGUCUUUUAAGCCUGUGGCAGUGAGGUUCGAAGAGAUUUUCAAGGAGUUUUAUUCGGAAGACACUGUCAACUUUCUCCGGACUUCCAGGAACUAUCUGGAGCGUACCCUGCGUCAUCUUGAAAUUGGCAGCUCGUUACCGACAGUUGAUGGGAUGCAGCAACUCGUUAAGAAAAGUCAUCUACCUGAAGUCUCGUUUGUGACCACUUGCGACCCACCGGGCGGACGCCACGAUAAUGAUUAUGCGGACAUAUGCAGGGUCCAGAUAAUGCCUACGAUUGAGGAAAUCCUGUCAUCGCGGAGCGAGUAUCUGCCUGUGAAAGACUCUCGUCAGUGGCAUGUGGGUGGCAUCAGCGGCCUUCUCGAUAGGAACUUCCGACUGCUCAGGGAAGAUACAAUUGGGCAAUUGAGAGACACCAUUUACGCUCUUUUGAAGCCCUCGAACAAAAAACGAGGAAUUCGGAGCAGCCAGAUUAGAACACACGUUCAUCAAAAUGUCCACUUGCUUGCCCUCAACUUUGAUCGGCUUGCAGGCUUGCAAUUUGUCGCUCGAAUUGAGCAGCCGGUAGAUAUGAAGAAUAUGAGUAAAAAAAAGCGCGAGGAGUGGUGGCAGGGAUCCAAGCGGCUGCAGCAAGGUGCUUUGGUGUGUCUUUGUUUCGGGGCUAAGAAUACGAUCUUUUGCACUGUCGCUGGAGACCCAAGGCCACGGCGAAACAAGGACGGAGAGAUGUUUCCCUUGGAGAAAAUGUGCUCCCUUUGGGAAGAGAAAGAGACGGCAACCGUGCUGCUGGAGCUGGCGCAGCUGUCGGAGGACAAAGUGAAAUGUAUCCUCAGUCAGUACAAAUCGCGUAUGGCUGUUGCGCUGUCGCUUGUCGAGUUUCCCGGGAUACUCCUAGCAUCAUUUGAGCCGACACUCCGUGCUCUUCAGCAGGUGAAGAGAAGUGACGACCUGCCAUUUCCUCAGUUGCUUAGUCCGUUGGACCCUGAAGGUCAGUUCGGAACUAUGACGCCGCCGCUGCCAGCAUAUGCUCUCAGGAACGGAUUCACAUUUGACUUGAGCUGCUUGUUAAAGGAUCCCACAGUCCCUUUCACAAUGCGGCCUGGUGAGCCAGUCGACAUUGCAAGGCUGCAAAAAUAUUCGACAUUGGACAACGCUCAAGCAGUUGCGGUGGUCAAUAGUCUCCAGCGCUGCAUCGGGCUCAUUCAGGGACCACCGGGAACGGGAAAGAGUUAUACGGGGGUUGCUCUAAUCAAAGUCCUUAUUCAGGCUCUCCUUGCAAGCAAGAGGGGUCCUGCGAACAGAAGAAAAGCUGGAGAGGAUCUUGGUCCAAUUAUUUGUGUCUGCUAUACGAAUCACGCGUUGGACCAGUUGCUUGAGGAUCUGCUGGAGAAGAGAAUCACUACUCAGAUCGUCCGCAUCGGUUCCCGGUCGAAAUCUGAGAAGCUCGAACAGUUUAACUUGCGGAAUAUACCUGGGCAAAAAAACAAAACCAAGGCGGAGAAGAGGGACCAGUGGGAGCUUCAUAGGGAUUUUGAUGACAUUGAGAAGGAGUUCGGUCGUUUGUCGCUGGAACCAACAAAUUCAGAGGGCAAGUUGAAGUCCUUUCUUGAGCGUCACUAUCCCCGACACCAUCAACAAUUGUAUGGAAAGGACGAGGAAGGCUAUGAACGAACACGGGCCUCUAGAAAAGGUCCUGUCCUCAAGGGAUGGCUCAACCAUGGCGGAGUCAAGACUACAAGCGGGCCACGUUCUUUGGCGGCACUGCAAGAUGUCCAUGUCGAUUCUAUGUCACAGCAGGAGAGGCAGAGACUUCACGAAUAUUGGGUGGCAGAGAUCCGACGCGACGCUCAUGAUACAGCAGGAAAUCUCCUCGAGCGACAACGACGUACCAAAGUUCAGUUCGACAAUAUCCGCGACGAGCUCAAUAUGCGUUGUCUCCGCGAUGCACAUAUCAUCGGAGUGACAACUACGGGUCUCGCCCGCAAUCUGAACAUGCUCCGUCGACUGAGAUCCAAGAUCGUCGUCUGUGAAGAAGCGGGUGAAGUGCUGGAGUCUCAUCUGCUGACGGCUCUGCUGCCCUCGGUCGAGCAUCUCAUUUUGAUCGGUGACCACAUGCAGCUCCGGCCGCAGGUGCAGAAUUACAACCUUUCGCGCGAGAACCACAAUGGUGGCGAGCAGUACUCCUUGGACGUGUCGCUUUUUGAGCGUCUAGUGAAUCCAGAUGAAGGGACCGGCAUUCGGUUACCGUACAGUACACUCGAGACGCAGCGGAGAAUGCACCCGUCAAUUGCUCAACUUGUUCGCGAAACGCUGUACCAUCGCCUGGAAGAUGCCCCCUCUGUUUCGCAGUAUCCUGAGGUUAGUGGAAUGCGUAAACGGCUGUUUUGGUUAGAUCACCGUCACCAGGAAGGGAGCAGUUCAAAGGACGAUGCUUUGGGGACGUCGCACUGGAAUAGUUACGAGGUCGAAAUGACACUCGCUCUAGUCAAUCACCUGGUCCGCCAGGGAACCUACAAGAGUGGCGAAAUCGCUGUCUUGACGCCCUAUCUAGGCCAAUUGCAUUUCCUUCGGAGCAAAUUUCGGGAGUCGUUUGCCAUUACGCUGGGCGAGAGGGAUGAGACGGACCUGGAAAAUGCAGGGCUUAAUGACGAAGUCCCAGAGACUCAGCAACGGGUCGUCAAGACCAAUCUCUUGCAGACGCUUCGGGUCGCUACGAUCGACAACUUCCAGGGUGAAGAGGCAAAGGUCAUCGUGAUAUCCUUGGUCAGGAGCAACGAUCAGAAUCGAUGCGGUUUUCUUCGAACUUCAAACCGGAUCAACGUCCUUCUGUCGCGAGCGAAACAUGGAAUGUAUAUUGUUGGCAAUUCUGCAACAUCAAUUCAUGUUCCGAUGUGGGCGCAGGUCAUCGACAUCUUGCAGCAGGAGGGUAACUUCGGCGCCGGUCUGGAGCUCCAAUGUCCACGCCACCCAGAUCAUCCUAUUUCUGUGUCUGAACCGGAAGACUUUCUACAGUACUCACCCGAAGGAGGAUGCAAUGAGCGCUGCAUGAACCGACUUAAGUGCGGCCACGUCUGCAAACAGAAAUGUCACUCUGCUAUCCUCCAUGAUGCAGUAUACUGUCAAGAACCGUGUCCGAAGGUCGUCAAGGGAUGUGAUCACACAUGUCCUAAACUAUGCGGCGAGUUGUGCCCAGCUAAAUGCACUGUCAGUGUCCGCCAAGCUGGUCGGAGGCUGCUUUGUGGUCAUAUCGCGGAGGAUUUGCCCUGCUGGCAGGCUCAAAAUGUAUCUCUCGUUAGAUGCUCGAGACUAGUAGAGAAGCAGGUGCCUGGAUGCGAUCACAAGGUAAUUGUUCAGUGCCAUGUGAACGUUGCGAGAUCUGGAUACCGUUGCGAUGCGCCUUGCAAAGCGAAUCUGUCCUGCGGCCACACCUGCAGGCAGCCGUGUUGGAAAUGUACAGUGCGUACUCCUGAAGGAGUCACUGUGGAUCACGGCAAAUGUCUCCAAGUCUGUGGCCGGAACCAAUCGACUUGUGUUCAUGCGUGCAACCAGACCUGCCACAGGUCAGAGCCAUGUCCUCCAUGCAGCAUGCCAUGCGAGAUUCAGUGUGCCCAUUCGAAGUGCCCGCGACUAUGUGCAGAGCCCUGCACUCCGUGCGCGGUAUCGACAUGUCUCUCAGCGUGUCCACACAGCCAGUGUUCUAUGCCAUGUGCUGCUCCAUGUGACCAUAUACCUUGCACGGUUCGAUGCGAGAAACGGCUUGCUUGUAGCCACCAGUGCCCGUCGGUUUGUGGAGAGGCUUGCCCUUCACCUGAGUUCUGUCAAAAGUGCGCCAGCCCUGAGCUCAAGGAGCGUGUUGUCGACUUCAUUCUGGCUGAGACGUACGCCGAAAUUGACCUCGACGAGAACCCGUGUAUCUUCCCUCGCUGCGGUCACUUUCUAACGAUCGAGAGUAUGGAUGGUCAAAUGGAUAUGAAGAAGUACUACGUGAUGGAAGACAGUAAGCCCGUGGCUAUCCGGUCGUCAUCGGAGCCGUUCUCCGUAGAUGAUAUCAAGCGAUGCGCUACAUGCCGUGGUUCGUUGAGAGAUUUGUCAAGAUACGGCCGCUUAGUUCGCCGCGCUAUUCUCGACGAGUCGACGAAGAGGUUCCUCCUCUAUCUGAAUCGGGAAUAUGUGCCUCUUGCGCAGGAGCUGCCGUUACAAUUGGCAGCGGUUCUCGGAAGCAAGACCGAUUUGUCACCAUUGCUGAUUGGCGAACAGGCUACCAUCAACAUUGGCGGCUCUCGUGACAAGCAAUUCCAGCAGAUGGCUAAGAUCGUCCGGGAAUCCGGCGGAAAUCGUUGGAGACAAGUCACCCAAUUGCGAAGCCGCAUCGUUCAAUACUAUAAAACCGUCGAGGAGAGAGAACAGCCGUUUUCCCGUGUGCAAGCCCUGGUCGAAAGCGCACGGAGACGCAAAGCAACCAGCGGAAAUUUCGAAUUCGACGGCAGUGUCGUGCAGACCAAGGGGGUGUUCCUCGCAACUACCCUCCUGAUGCGCCUGGAUAUUAGCUUACUUGGCGACUUUCUAUCACUUUUUCAGGCCAGCCGUACAGGAGUGGAGGGAUGCAAAUUGCAGAUCAAUCUACAAGCGACCCGAGAGGAAUGCAGAGGUCUGAUCAAGCGCGCCGAAAACGCCAUGCGAGUCGCGCACAAGGUUGAAGGAUACAUUUUCCUGGCCCAGCUGUACGCGCUGGAGCGAUCGCAGAGUGAGGCCCCGACUGUGAGAGAGAAACAUGCCGAGAGAGCGCGCGAGGCAAUCGCAUCGGCCAGGAAGCUAUGCCAUCGACACCCCGGCCAGACCAAUGGACUAUCGAGCGAAAUCAACGAGGCGGAAGAGAUGCUCAAACUAGAGACCUUCUACACCGCGGUGACCAGCGACGAACGUCUGGAGAUCAUUGCUGCCAUGGCGCGCGAGUUCCGGGGCACCGGGCACUGGUAUUACUGCCAGAACGGCCAUCCUUUCACCAUCGGCGAGUGCGGGGGAGCGGUGCAAUUGGCAAUAUGUCCGGAAUGUGGCGCGCGUGUUGGGGGUCAAGGCCACCGAACCGUGGACGGGGUGACUCGGGCGGAUGAUUUGGAGCGGGAAUUGGAACAGUUGAGGGUCUGAUUUUGGGCCCAGUGUGUACGAGAAUACUCCGUGCACUUGACCCCUGGUUCCACGAGUUCGGUAAAGGUAGCUGUCAUUCGCAAGCUUGGCUCCUUUGGUCCAUGAUUCAUGCAUGGUAUAGAGAAAGCCAUUGGCCGGAGAUACUCGGUUCAGUUACUAGUCUAACACUGAUAGCUUGAAUGCUAGACUGAA